AUGUCUUUAUCUGGGAAAGAGAAGCUCCACACACACCCUAAACGUCGAUUGGGUAAUCGAGGACAAUCCAGCGUCCAGUGGACGCCAGGACCCCGGGAAUCCGACCGACAGUUAGGUGUGUCCUCUCAAAAUGGUAAAACUUCUCUGUUUGUGGAUUGUAUCCCACAGAACUUGUCUGUAUCUUGGUUAGAAAUCAUAUUCCGAAAAGCUGGUGAUGUUCAGGAUGUCUACAUAUCAAAAAAGGUCAGGCAAAACACCUCAGACCGAUUUGGGUUCGUUAGGUUUGGGAAUUAUGUAGAAGCUGUAAACGCUAUCAAGCUGAUGAACGGGUUUAAGGUACAAGGGAAGGGAUUGAAGGUGUCUCUGGCAAAAUACAGUAAAGGUGGCAACUUUAUUAAGAAUACGGUUGAUUCUGGCAUUGUACAACCAUACAGAAGAAUCCUCAACCCCCCCUACAGAGAUGGCAGAUCAUACCAGUGCGCCCUCAUGGGUAGAAAACAGAAGCCUGAGCCAGAGGAUGCGACCCCUAAUACCAUUCCAAUUGCAUUUUCCCUUAAUGUGCAACAGAACAUGGAAUAUGCCAAGAUGCUGCAGUAUGCGAUUAUUGCAGAACACAAACAUCAUUGA